UGGGUAAUUCAAUACAACAGCUCCUUGACUUGGACACCUGAAAACAUUUUGCCUUGUUUCUGGGAAUGCUUUAAAUUAUUAAUAUAUUGGGUAUUUACUGGAGAAUGCCGGAACUUUUUUAUUCCACAAAACAAUAUGUUCCGAUUUAAAUUAACUGGAUCAACACAAACAUCAUUGUUUAAUAAGUUGUAUGAAUUGUAUUGCAAAGGUAUAUCAAGUAUAUUACUGAGUGAAACGUUAGGACUGUUUCUCAGUCAAGCCAUUUUACACAGAUCAUUGAGAGUCUGUACUGACGAGAGCAGUAUCAUUUCUAACACUGAACUUGACAUUAGUUUAUUUGAGGAACUCCGUGCAUAUAAUCAAAGUGUUUCAAGUGCUGUAGAAUUUGCAGCUCUCAUGAAGAACAUUGAAAUAGAGAUAAGAAAAAGGUUGACCCCAUACCAGGAGGCUACAGUACAAAUUAUGACAUCAGACAUAUUACGUAACACUGCGAUGCUGAAACUGUGUAAUGUAUAUCAACAUAAAAAUCGUAAUAAGGUUUAUUACACAGCUAAUUACGUAUCCCGAUUGUUAAAACUGUCAUGUACAUUAGGUUGUGUCUCAGAUAUUUUAUAUCUUGCAAUGUAUUAUUACAAAACAUGUAGAUUUGAACAGUCACUUAGUUGUUUGCAAAAAGCUCAGGACAGAAUGACAAAUCCAUGCAUCAUAUAUUGUAAUCAUGUAAAUGUAGAUAUGUACACACGCUGCACAGUGGGGAUGUCUCUGAAUCAUAAAAUGAGAAUCGCUCUAGUUGUAGCUAUUGUGUUAAUUAGUGAGUACACAUAUAUUGAUGAACUAAUUCUAGAGCAGAAGACCAGUAACGAGAAUGGUGAGCUAUCAUUAUUUAUCCCACCUCUAGUGAUGUUACACAUGUUGUUUACACUGAAUCACCACAAACUGGGUGACAAAGUCAGGUCACAACAAUCUCUACAGGAUCUACACACUCUGCUGCUGUAUGAUGAUGGGGUUUAUGUACGUGAUAACCUCAGAGAUAUUUCGUGGCAAAUCCUGGGAAUCUGUCAACAAAUCUGUGGGGAAUUCCAGGGAGCUCUAGAAUCUUACCAACAUUCGUUACAACAAGAUCCAUAUCACAAGAUUCAGGAAGCAACGCUGUAUAGAGUAGGCACAAUUACUCAAUGAUGAUUCCUUAAAUAACAGUUUAAAAGUGGUUACAACACAUCUAUAUUUAGCAUUGCAAUUUUUGAAAGUGGUAUUAAAUGUUAAUAAAAUAAUAAAUUCCAUUUCUAAUUUGAAAUUUUUAUCAUUUUCUUUUUUUAAUUAGGUUUGUUAAAUAUGUAAUAUUUUUGUUUGUCUUCUUUUUCAUGACCUAUUGUUUGAAUAUUAUUUCCUGUGUAAUUAAUUUUUUUUAAAUGUAUGACGAAACUCUUAUCCCCCCUUUUUUAAAAUAAAAUUGAGCAAUGUUGAGAAUAAGAACGGAUUUCAUGCAGUGUUCUCCAUAACCUUUGUUAACAUCAUUAUAUAAUAAGGUUAAUUGUAAUUAAAUAUCAAGCAACUU